AAUAAUUAACUAUAUUUAAUAACACUAAUAAAUAUAUUUUCCAAAAAUAGGAAAUAUGCCUCAACCGUGAAACCAACCGUGGAGCCCCAAGACAGAAUCUUGGAUUAAAAAGGCACACUCACGGCAGAAUCUCCACUUCCCUCUCCCUGUCCCUUCAACUUUCUCCUUCCUUAAUCAUACCUUUGCCGCUUUGAUUCAAUCAAACCUCUGGUUCUAUCAGAAUCUUUAACUUCGACCAAAAGUUUCUUUCUUUUUUUUUAUUUUUUUGUCCUUUUCGGGUUCCCCCCGCCCCCCGCAAAACCAGGGACCCAUGGCUCUGAAACUCUGUAACUUGCUCUGUUUUUUCUUAUUCGUCGCGUCCUGUUUCCCUUGCCGGUUUCCGGCUGAAUCGUUACCGGAGUCCACGACGAUGACGACGGCAUCCCAGACGACCCGCAUAAGCAACGACACGUGGCGUGAUUUCAGCCGUCUGAUCGAUGUCGAGAAAGGCAGCCGCGUCAACGGCGUGUCGGAGCUGAAGAGAUAUCUCCACCGGUUCGGUUACCUCACCAACUCCGCUGGAGAUUCCAAAUUCUCCGACGUGUUCGACGGCGACCUCGAAUCCGCUGUCUCUCUCUACCAGAAGACCCUCGGCCUACCCAUCACCGGCAAACUCGACCCCGAUACCGUCGCGGUGAUCUCGUCACCGCGCUGUGGCGUUAGCGACGAGACGUUACACGACGAUAGUAUAAUCCAUGCAACGCGACGUUACACGUACUUCGGCGGUAAGCCGAGGUGGAACCGUGAUAGCCCUAUCCGUCUAACAUACGCCUUCUCGAAGACGUACACAGUCGAUUACCUCGGCUCCGACGACGUCAAGGCAGUUUUCCGGCGAGCUUUCGGACGGUGGGCGGAGGUGGUUCCGGUGAGUUUCUCGGAGGUGGAGGAUUACAGCUCCGCCGACGUGAGGAUCGGAUUUUUUGGACACGACCACGGUGACGGCCAACCGUUCGACGGCGCUCUCGGGAUACUCGGCCACGCGUUCGCGCCGGAAAACGGGAGGUUGCACCUGGACGCGGCGGAGACGUGGGCAGUUGACUUUGGGAGGACGGAGUCUGACGUGGCCGUUGACUUGGAGUCUGUGGCGACGCACGAGAUAGGGCACGUGCUGGGGUUGGGGCACAGCUCGGUGAAGACGGCGGUGAUGUACCCGAGUCUAAGGCCGAGAACGAAGAAACUGGAGCUGACGGUUGAUGACGUGGCGGGCGUACAGAAACUGUACGGACAGAACCCGAACUUCCGUUUGAGUUCCCUGAUGGGUACGGAGAAGACGUGGAGGAGCGGAACCGGAACUGGAAGAUUCUUGUCGGGGAGCUUGACCGUUUCUCUUCUGUUCCUCCAUUUGCUACUGUUUCUAACUUUCUAUGAUCGUUAGAGGCAGGGAAUAUAUCUUCUUUUAACAUUCAACGUAUAACAAUGGACGAAAACAGGGGUGACGUUUAAUUGAUUAUUUAAUUUGGUUUGUAGUCAAUUUGCUUAUAUUUAAUGUAUCCUGAUCUCGAUUUUUUUU